UGACCAGCUCAUAACUCACUUCCCCUUCCUGUGCAGUUUCAGGUUCAUCGGAUGGAGCCACACAGCCCUCUUCACCUCCUCCCUACAGCCAAGUCAUCGAAACACAUCACGACGCCACGUCACCGGGAUAUUCCGUGCCAGCACAACUGCCUCCCCUUCCCAUGGGCAUACAGAGCUACGUUCAGGAGACGCAGUUCCACGGCAGAGCACCAGGAUACACUGCCGUGAUGCCACAUGGAGCCAUGGGGCCGGGAACCUACAUCUCCCCACCAGGCUACGCUGUACAGCUUCAACCCUACACAACACUGGUCCCUGUAUAUCCCAUAGGGAAUCAUCCUCCGCCCUACUUGCCGGGAUACACUGGGAUCACUUCGGGCAUGCAGCAGUCUCAGAUCCCUUCAGGAUUCCGGAUCUUGGAACCGCAAAGGCCGCCUCAUGACUACCUGCCAAUCGCAGUGUUGACCACAGUGUGUUGCUUCUGGCCAACCGGGAUCAUUGCUAUUAUUAAAGCACUGGAGACACGGGCAGCGGUGACACGAGGUGAUCACCUAUCGGCGGAGAUCGCCUCCCGACAGGCUCGUAACUACUCCUUCGUCAGCCUGGCUGUGGGCAUUGCUGCUAUGGUCCUCUGUGCCAUCUUGGUCAUUGUCAUAGUGAUUGAGGCCAAACACCGCGACUCUGAAUGGGACCCGUAGUGGGGGUCAGGGCAGGUAACUCUGGCACACUUCUGAUCAGGUUCCAAAGCCUCCAGAAUUCCUCUGAAACCUCCAGGAGUGAAAGAUUAAUCCUCUGGACACUGUGACACGGACAAAAGAAACACUUAGGGGGUGCCAAGAACAAAAUGGUUUCUUGUUUUUCUCAGAGCAUGUUCAGUUAUUAAUCCAAAGGUAUUGGUCAUGGAGUUGGGGUGGGGGGUACUGGGGGGAAGAGCUUGGGCAGAAUUUAAUACUCGCCAUGGAAAUCUUAGCACCAGCUCGAAAACCAGUGGGAGCCUCUGUUGGAGAAGGCCCACUGAUAUUUCGUGCUCAUCAAAUCCUUAAAUUUAUACUGCAACAGGUCUUCCAUCAGAUUAGGGAUUCCAAGGGCCAAAAUAAUUCCCACUCCCUCACGUCAGUUCCCUGCCAGAGGGCUGAUGGGUAAUCUGGGGUUGGCGGUUUUCUGUUGGUGACAGUGAUGGCUGCCAGCAAUGCAUGCACGGGGAGGCCCCGAAUCGCCGAGGGGACCCAGACCCAAGGCGUGUGAGGGAGGGAGUGGUUAGGUGGGGGUCACGGAGGAGGAGGUUUGUCAACAGCAAUGGCAAAGUGAGGUGCAGCUCAGAGCGGACAUCCCCCUCCACUCCGAUGCCAAAUCCUUCGAUCAGCGCCUUUGGAUAAGACACUGGCCCCUGGAAACCCAUAAGCAAACUUAUUGGUGUUCCUCAGUGGCAGAUUCCUCCUUAAAUUGGGGUGAUUGACAGACAGGUCUGCUUUAACACGGCAUUCCAUUUUCGUGCAGUCCCGUGUUAUAAGGAAAUCAAGUCAUGGCAACACGAUUUAAAGUAAUGGGGCCAGCAUUGUGUUAUAAUGCACCCUUUAAAAUUUUGUAAUUUAGAAACAUUGUCCCCAAAUCGUCAAUCGUGUUAUAGUGAGUUUGUGUUAACGAAACGCUCGUUAUUGUAGAAUAACCUGUACUCGUUAACAGGCCUCAAUCAGAGUUGGCUGGAAAAAGGUGUUUAAAGGCUGUUCCCAUAAAUUUGCCAAUUUAAAGCCCCACCUCACCUCAGCUCACCAAGCUUACCACCAGGGAGGUAUUAAAUUCUGCUCCUCCUGUCCAAUCAAAGGCUGCCCGAGAGAAAACCAAAUCUGUUUAAAAACUGCAUCCACAAGGAAAUAGAGUCUAUUGAAACACUGCCCAACAGCAAACAGUGUCUAUUUGUCUACAAUGCCCUGAUGAAACCUCUCUAUUUAAUCCACAGGAUCAAUUUUUAAGAAUCUCUAUGAAGUGCACCUUGAUGAAGGUGACCCUACUCCUGUCUCUGUGCACUGGGUCAGGAGUGCCCCUUUAAAUGUUCGCAUCAACACACUGACUGCUUGAGAUUCCAGUCUCGGAGAUCCUGUGAUUGUGAUUUAGGUAAAUUACAGGAGUGUCGAUCUCAAAUCAGUGUGUUCAGAGAUACUUAUGAAAUCAGUUGUAAAACAAGGCUUGUGCAUGCAAAAAACCUAAACCUUAACCAAAUCAAGCAUUUAUAUCAUUUACAAUAUUGUUUCUCUUCCUUGCGUUUACGAGAUAUUUCAGUUCUUCAGGAAGAAUGUGCUUCAGGUAUUCUCGGCUGCACUUGUUCCUUCAAGCAUUGUGUUAGUUUAUGUUGAAAAUUCCCUGAACAGCUUUCACGGAGUCUGACACCAAAAUCGAAGCAACUUUCAGUUCAAAUUUAUUAUUGAAAAGUUAGAUUUAUGUGCUCAUAUAAAAGGGGUACACUUUUCAAUACUUCACUGUGAAGACAUGUUAUUAGUUGUAUACACUGUAAUACCUGCUCUUCCUGCCAUGGUCAACCUACUUCCUGCUAUAUGCUGCAAGGUAAAUGAUGAGAUUUUGUGCAAGUUCCUGGAAUUUACAGACAGUUGCACCCACUUCUUCCCUGCCUUACAACAGGAGCAAUUUAUAUUUAUCUUUAAUGUAGCAAGGGGCCCCAACGUGUUACAUAGGAGUGAAGCUAAGAUCAAAAACUGAUAGUGAGCUAUAUAAGGUGGUGAAGCAUGAUGCCUCUAUGAGUCCCAUUCAGCCUAACAGUGUUUGUUAAGUUAAAUAGGUAGGUGAAGAUAAUUGAGGGGAUAGCCGAAUGCAGGACCGACAUGAGUGUAAGCAAACCAGUCAAUGGGGGAGACAAGAUCUGGAAUUACAAGUUAGUGUCAGUAGUGGUGACCAGCUAAGCAUCAUUAAUUGACAUUAAAAACCCAUCUAGUUGACUAAUGCCCUUUAGGAAAGGAAAUUAGAUUAGAUUACUUACAAUGUGGAAACAGGU